CCGAUGGCUGGCGUCCACAGGUACCGGUAGGUACCGUACUAUAAUAGGUAGCAGCAUUGUGUGUGUCGGCCAGCUCGUGCUGCUGUUGGAAUCUACCAGGUGUUUUCCAGAUCAGGGACGCUUGCAUCGACGUGGACAGCAGCUAUCGUCGUCAUACAGCGCAUGCAUGCAUGCGACAUAUAAACACACACAGGCUUUCUCCACCAUCACCACCUAGCCCGCCUCGGAGCUAUCUUGUAGCGUAGCGCAGUGCAGUCGACUUGAUUGAUCGGCAGAGCCCAGAUGUUGACACACACCAGCUGGACCGGCCAUGGCUAUCCAUCUAUCGUCGUCUCUGUCGUCGACCGGCACGCUGUUGUGCCUAACUCGACCAUGCGCUGUUCAACGUCGGUGGUACCAUGGACCAACGCUGGUGAUGGUGUUGGUGUGUACCCACCAGACUUGCUCUCUGGCCUGGCUGCUCUCUCCAUGUCCAUGUACCGUGUUCCGCUGCCGAGAUUGAUCUGCCUGCUGCCUCGCUCUUCACCAGGUGCUGGACGGCGGACUGGCUGACUCCUGGGGGGGAAGAAGGGUGUCGCCAUUCACUAGAGAUUGCGUGCCUCGCCUAAGAGUCGUCGCACCAUGAGAUGUGCUGCCUUAGCGCCAAUCAUGACUGCAGUCAACCAAACUCUAAUCAACGCUUAGGAAACGACGUCUUCAACCUUGAUCCCUUCCUCCACCACAUCCUCACUCACGCGUUUCCCUGAAUUCACCUGCGCCCAAUCCUCCAUCCCAUCCAUCACCAUCCACUCCCGAGGGCCAAUUCAUGGCAAUGCCCGGCCACGCACGCCACUAGCCGCGGGGAACUGGCGAUACCAUCCCAUCUCUGCCCAUUCAGGGCUCAAUCUCCACGCUCCAAUGACACCACUUCUCCCCCAGACAGCAUGGGUAUGCACAAUCACUGCUCAAUCACUUCCGCGCCCCUCGUCUUCCUCAAACCUUCUCCAUCCAUCCUCCCCAUGUCUGCCUCACUGUUCGCCGCUGCCUUCGCCGCACAUACAUACAUCACUCCGCCUGCAUCGGCCCUUGCCCCUCGCCUGCUCUUGCUGUCACUGUCGGCUUCAGAACAGCGAGCCCGCAGUGUAGGCCGAUCCCGUCGUCAUCUCCAUUAUAACGAUACACGGCCCAGACACCGGAAUCCACCGUCAUCUCUCACACGCUGCCUCACGAGGCUCGUC